GAGGAUAUCUUCGCGCAGUGUCUGUUCCUCUUGGUACCAGCGCUGAGAAGUGGAGAACUCUUCAGGUUCUCCAAGUUCCAGGUUCCCCAGGUUCCCCAGGUUCCCUAGAUUGUGUCUGUAAAUCCUCCUCGGUUGCCCAAGUCGGGAGAAAACGCGGGUGUAAAGUGAAAGCACAAAAGGAGACCGCAGAAGGAAAUCCAAGAUGGCGUCGGGCGUCUUCUUCGGGGUCGUCGUGGUCGCGGUUGUCGCGACGCUCUGCGCCGAAGGCAGAGUGGUACCUGCAAAACCCCAGUCCAUCAUGGUGGAUCCGUAUGGGAACCCGAUGCUGUUCUUAAGGGCGAAGAGGGCCCCGGUUCGUCCUUAUCCUCAGAGGGCGAUGAUGUUCACCGGGUACUACAGGCCGGCUCGUCGCUCUGCAAAUGGCGACCAAGCGACCGGGAUUUUCGCCGAAGGAAACGCCGUCAGCGGUGGAACGUAUCUGGGAGAUAAGCCAACAUACUUGGACAAAGGACCAGAGCCAAUAGACAGCCACGAAGUGUCUAGCGCGGAAGCCGAAGCUGCGCCGGAAAACGACGACGCCUUCUCGGCCGACCCUCAGCCUGAGGAUCCUGUAGAGGAACACGAGGACGCGGUGGAACAGGACCAGCCAGUUGCCGAGCCGAGGCCACUUCCUUACACGACGGAAGCCACUCCUGCACACCCUGAAGAGGCGGUUUACAACACGGAAGCAGCCCCGGUGACCUCGAAGCCCGUGGGCUCGAAAAAGGGGAAGAAGAGACCAGUGGUCGUCGAAGAGGAGGACGAAGAGGACUCUGAAGAGGACGAUGACGAGCCUCCUGUACCUUUCGUGCCUUUCAGAGGUGGAAAACGACGUCAGGGUCAGAUCCCGAACCUCAACAAUUUCUUCCCAAUGGUCUUCAGCUUCCCUGGACUCGCCAGGUCGGGUUCUCCAGGGUCUCCCCCAGGAGCUAUCACCGCCAUUGCCAAUAGCUACUCCACGGGGAAAAGUGGGCUCGCCAGUUCUGUCGCUACUGCUUACGGGGGACCUCCUAAUGGGUACACGAAGAAGCUGAGGAGGACACCAGCGAUCCAAGAGUAGACCGAAGAGUAACUGACCCAGGUGUUCUCGCGACAUCUCUAUCGUGACCAGUUCUUCGAUUGUAAAAUUCGCAAAUUUGGAAUUGGAACUCGAAAUGGCGGAUCCAAAUUCGGGUCGGUUGACCUUGAUCGUCGAGCUUGUUAGCAAUGAUCGAGAAAUAAUUUCAAACUGGAUCGGCAUCGAUGAAACGCGAAAGCGAAUGGGACGUUCGCUUGGUUAUUUGCAAUAAUUCAUUGAAAGGGAAUUGAAACAUGUCGUUUUUUAGAAAAAGCUAAGGACAGAGGUAGGGAUAAGGAUAAUAUGGACUGGCCAUGAUGUAUCAUCUAGUUAGCAUUAUUUAUGUAACGAUCGCGGUCGGCAACAAUUAAAAACUGCCGAUCAGUUCCCCAUUGUCAAGUUGUUCUAAGUAGUCCUAAAUUUAAAUUAAAUACCGACACCUGGAUCUCGA